UGGUAGGGACACUACAAACUAGUUUUGUAGAAGAUGGCGGUCUUUUAAGCAUUUGAAGUUUAAAUGUCAUCUCUCCACACUCACUCUCAAGGUUAACACAUUCUCCUCUCUUCCCAACAAUCUCCGAUUUAGGGUUCCGGCGAACCCCAAAAUUCAAUUUGUUAUGGAUUCCGACGCACCCCGAACCCGUAUUGAUCAGUUUUUCGCAUCGAAGAAAAAGAAAACCUUCUCACCAAAGACUGCUAAAGAUUCAUCUCCUAGUGCAAAAGGGACAUUGGAAAAUUAUUUGGUGACUUCACAGAAUGAUUUUGUGAAAAGGAGUUUGGCAUCGGAGAUUGAUUUAUCUGCCAAAAAUGAAAGUAAAGAGACCCUUUUGUCCAGUGAUGGUAAAUUUAGGGGCUCAAUUUCAUCUGGCGCGGUGCCUGGAUACGAGUCCGGGGCUGGAAAUGCCAGUGGUGAAGCUGGUGGACGGGAUAAGUCAGACCAAGUUCAAGCUACUGAGAAUCCGGAGCUUAAGCAGUUUCCUAUGGACGUUUUGUCGUUGUAUUGCAGCGGAAUUCAAGCAAGCUCAUUAUAUGAGAAAAAUAUAAAUGAGCAUAAAAGAUGUGGGAGUCCAUCAGUUCUUGUUGGGGAAGGUGCAGCAUCCAAGAAAAGGAAUUAUGCUGCUGAAAAAGAAAUCUCAUCGCCGGAUCAUCAGACUCCAAGUUCUGAUAAAAGGGCUCCUGUUCUUGUGUCAUGCAGUAAUUUUUCUGAAAAGGUGGAAGGAGUUGCCAACUUUGUAACAAGGGUUGACUGUGAUGAAGAUUCCUUUAAGCAGCAAUCCGGCUUAAGAAAAUGCAAUAAAACUACAAACUCCACAUCAUUAGUGAAUGAGUGUUCCACGCCUGCUGCAUUUUGUAAGAGUUUGAGUGCACGUGAAACUCCCGUAUCAAGUCGUGGAAGCUCAAUAUUUUCACCAGGAGAAGCAUUCUGGAAUGAGGCUAUUCAAGUUGUUGAUGGUUUGUGUGCCCAAACUGCUAAAGGUUUUUCCCAAGUUGCAGAAGAUACAGGUAUCACUAUCAGCAAAACACAAGAUGAAGGGGCCUCCCGUCAUUGUGUUGAAGGGAGUUCGAAUAAUAAAUUUGAUGUACCAGUUGGUACUGAUGCUAGCAGUUCUAAGAUGACUGAAUCAACCACUAUAUUGCCGGAGAAUUAUGGGGAACCUUUGGAAAUAGAAGCAUCCCCAUUGCCUGUUAAGCAUUUUGAUUUCUCGUGUGAUGACAAAAAUGGGGACAGAAUUAUGCCAAGUCAUUUAUCUUCAGUAAAGAAAGAAGAUUAUAGUGAUGAACGUGCUGUAUGCAAAUUUGCAGAUCUUGAGAGGCCACUAGAUAAGAAUGCUGUAAUAGGCAGCAAAGUUCAGUUACAUGAAUUUAAGCAUAAAGUAUUGGAGGACGCAGCUCCUGUACAUGGAGCUGAAAAGAGGAGGCAUAGUUUAUUUAGUCCUGAUAGUGACAAAAACAAUUCCGAUCCACAAAAUAGGGAAAACGCGAAAUUUGUGGCUCCCGGUGUCUCUGAUGGAUCUAGUACUCCUUCAAGUUCCAUGCCAUUGGAAGAUCGUUUAGACCUCAGCCACUGGCUACCUCCUGCAGUAUGUAGCAUCUAUAGACAACGAGGAAUAGCUAAACUCUAUCCUUGGCAGGUUGAUUGUCUUCAAAUGGAUGGUGUUUUGCAGAAGAGAAAUCUUGUUUAUUGUGCAUCUACGAGUGCAGGCAAAAGUUUUGUUGCUGAGAUCUUGAUGUUGCGACGUGUCAUUGACUCUGGCGAAAUUGCCUUGCUAGUGCUGCCUUAUGUUUCUAUCUGUGUUGAAAAGGCAGAACAUCUUGAGGUCUUACUGGAGCCCCUUGGCAAGCAUGUUCGCAGCUAUUAUGGGAAUCAAGGUGGCGGGACACUUCCUAAGGAUAUAUCAGUAGCUGUCUGUACUAUAGAAAAGGCCAACUCUUUAGUUAACAGAUUGCUGGAAGAAGACAGAUUGUCAGAAGUGGGAAUUAUUGUGAUUGAUGAAUUGCACAUGGUUGCUGAUCCCAGUAGGGGAUAUCUGUUGGAGCUUCUAUUGACAAAGCUUCGUUACGCAGCUGGUGAAGGUAAUGGUGAAUCAUGCAGUGGAGAUAGUUCUGCCACAAGUAGUGGUAAGGGUGAUAUAACUCAUGGUCUUCAAAUUGUUGGGAUGAGUGCUACAAUGCCAAAUGUGGCAGCUGUUGCUGAAUGGCUUCAUGCGGCAUUAUUCCAGACUGAAUUUCGUCCAGUCCCUUUGGAGGAAUUUAUUAAAGUGGGUAAUAAUAUCUAUGACAAAAAGAUGGAAGUUGUUAGGACUAUACCUAAGUCAGCGGAUCUCAGAGGCAAAGAUCCAGAUCAUGUUGUGGAAUUAUGUAAUGAGGUUGUUCAAGAUGGUCAUUCUGUGCUCAUUUUUUGUUCAAGUCGGAAAGGAUGCGAGUCUACAGCGAAGCAUAUCUCAUUGUAUCUCAAAAAGUUUUCUGCCAAAAUCCAAGAAGAGUCGAGUGAAUUUAAUGAUCUAUUCUCAGCCAUUGAUUCUUUGAGAAGGUGUCCUGUGGGUUUAGAUCCUGUGCUGGAGGAAACUCUACCUUCUGGUGUCGCUUAUCAUCAUGCUGGCCUCACGGUUGAGGAAAGAGACAUUGUUGAAACCUGUUAUCGUAAAGGCUUAGUACGUGUCCUAACUGCCACAUCUACUUUAGCUGCUGGUGUUAAUUUACCUGCUAGGAGAGUCAUAUUUCGGCAACCCAAGAUUGGCCGUGAUUUCAUUGAUGGGACACGAUACAGACAAAUGGCUGGUAGGGCUGGUCGAACUGGUAUAGAUGCGAAAGGAGAAAGUGUUCUUAUGUGCAGACCUGAAGAAGUUAAGAGAAUAAAGGCCCUUUUGAAUGACAGUUGUCCACCACUGCAAUCUUGUCUUUCAGAAGAUAAAAAUGGAAUGACUCAUGCUAUCUUGGAAGUUGUGGCUAGUGGAAUUGUACAAACAGCUAAUGAUAUUCACCGAUAUGUGAGGUGUACUCUCCUUAAUUCUACAAAGCCAUUUGAAGAUGUUAUCAAAUCAGCACAAGAUUCUCUUAGGUGGCUCUGUCAGAAAAAAUUCCUUGAGUGGAAUGAUGAUACUGAACUAUACAGUACCACUCCUUUGGGACGAGCAGCUUUUGGCAGUUCUCUGUCUCCAGAAGAAUCUCUUAUUGUUCUGGAUGAUCUAUCACGUGCAAGAGAAAGAUUUGUUCUAGCAUCUGAUCUGCAUUUGGUUUACUUGGCAACACCAAUAAAUGUUGAAGUUGAGCCUGAUUGGGAAUUGUUUUAUGAAAGAUUUAUGGAGCUUUCGUUCUUAGACCAGUCAGUUGGCAACCGUGUUGGAGUUAUUGAGCCAUUCUUGAUGCGAAUGGCACAUGGGGCACCUGUGCGUAUUGCAAGUCUAUCUAGAAAUGUUAUCAAAGGAUUGCAUAGUCGAAUAGAUUCCCAACUAGGAGUCUCAAAAAGCCAUACCCUCUCCGAUGAGCAGUCUCUUCGUGUUUGCCGACGUUUUUAUGUUGCCCUUAUCUUGUCACGAUUGGUGCAGGAACUACCAGUUGGCGAGGUUUGUGCAGCCUUCAAAGUAGCACGGGGAAUGGUUCAAGCUUUACAAGAGAAUGCUGGAAGGUUUGCAUCCAUGGUUUCUCUAUUUUGUGAGAGACUCGGUUGGCUUGAUCUGGACGGCUUGGUUGCCAAAUUUCAAAAUCGUGUUUCAUUUGGAGUGAGAGCAGAGAUAGUAGAGCUUACUACUAUUCCAUAUGUAAAGGGCUCCCGGGCUAGAGCAUUAUACAAAGCUGGCUUGCGUACUCCUUUGGCAGUUGCUGAAGCAUCUGUUGCAGAAAUAGCGAAGGCUCUCUUUGAAUCAUCAUCUUGGGCUGCGUCAGAAAAUCAAGCACAGCGGCGUGUUCAUUUGGGAAUAGCAAAGAAGAUAAAAAAUGGUGCAAGGAAAAUUGUCCUUGAUAAAGCUGAGGAGGCGAGAGUUGCUGCAUUCUCGGCAUUUCAAUCACUUGGACUGAGUGUUCCUCAACUUUCUCAUCCUGUCUUGUUUCCUGCUUCUGGUGAAGCGACUCACUCUUCUGGAGAAAAAAGUACCAGUAGCUCUUCUCACCAUAAAAGAAAGCAUUUCUCAUCUGAACUGAUUGAAAGACAGGGGAAUGAAGGUGCUCCAGAUUCUAAUGCUGGACGGCCGGCAAAAAAAUUAAUAAUUGGCUUGGAAAAUUCAGCUGAGGGAAAGGCAGUCAAUUCCUUGCCUGGUGCUAGUGCAAUUCUAGCUUCUUCUGCAUCAGUUGAAGAUGUUCCAGUCGAGGCCACAAUAUCCUCGCCUUGUUUGGGUCAGAAUGAUACCAUGGCAUGUGUAGGAGCUGUGAUUGAGGGAGACCGGAGACGAGAGAGAAAUAAUGAGUGCACUGGUGGCAAUAAGCAACGUUGUAAUGAAAAAGGUCCCAUUAAUGUAGCUAGUGCAAGCAGUUUAGAUGCCCUUUUGGAUCUUUGGGAAUCUGUUGGAGAUUUUUAUUUUGAUAUUCACUUCAACAAAAAGUCUGAAGCAAAUUCUAUGAUUGCUUAUGAAGUACUGGGCAUUGCCAUUUGCUGGGAAAAUUCACCCGUGUAUUAUGUCAAUCUCACCAAAAUUUUACAGAGCAGCAAUUUUGACUCAUGUAACAAUGAAAGUUCUGGGCAAGUUAAUUCAAUUGAUGCUAACAUUUUGUCAGUUACAGAAGUUCUCCGGUGGAAUAGGAUUGGUAGUUUACUAGGGAGGACUAGUCUUCGAAAAUUCACUUGGAAUUUGAAACUUCAGAUUGUAGUGUUGAGAAAUGCUGUUCUUUCAUUGAAUAAAAACAGCUUGAGUCAGACAAUAAAAAGUACAGCCAUUGAACUUGUUGACGGAUCUUUCUUUAGGUUGCCUAAGGUUAUUCUGCAAAAUGCAAUAGACAUCUGUAUUGUAGCUUGGAUCCUUUGGCCUGAUGAGGAGAGGAGCUCCAAUCCAAAUCUUGAGAAGGAAGUUAAGAGGCGUUUAACUAAUGACGCAGCAGCAGCAGCUAAUCAGAGUGGAAGGUGGAAAAAUCAAAUGCGAAGGGCUGCACAUAAUGGCUGCUGUCGCCGUGCUGCUCAAACGCGGGCCCUACAAUGUGUUCUUUGGAAAUUGCUUGUUUCUGAAGAACUUGUUGAUUCACUUUUGGGAAUUGAACUUCCCUUGGUUCAUGUCCUAGCAGAAAUGGAGGACCAGGGAAUAGGUGUUGACAUGGAAGGUUGCCUCAAGGCACGGCAAGUGAUUGGUAAAAAGCUUAAGAUUCUUGAAAAGGAAGCUUACAAACUUGCUGGCAUGGUAUUUUCACUGAAUAUGCCUGCAGAUAUUGCAAAUGUGCUCUAUGAACACUUGAAGCUCCCAAUACCUGAGGGACACAACAAAGGAAAACAGCAUGCCAGUACAGACAAACAUUGCUUAGAUGCGCUAAGGCUUGAACACCCUAUUGUUCCAGUGAUAAAGGAGCAUCGGACAUUAGCAAAGCUCCUGAAUUGUACUUUAGGAUCAAUAUGCUCUUUAGCAAAGCUAUCUAUGAGGACACAGAGGUAUACAUUACAUGGCCGUUGGCUCCAAACAUCAACAGCUACUGGACGACUUUCAAUGGAGGAACCCAACCUUCAGUGUGUUGAACAUAUGGUUGAAUUUAGAAUGCAUCAAAAUGGUGAUGGUCAAUGUGAUUCUGAUGGUAUAGAUUAUAAAAUCAAUGCGCGGGAUUUUUUUAUUCCAACUGAGGAAAACUGGCUUCUCUUAACAGCAGAUUAUUCUCAGAUAGAACUGAGGUUGAUGGCUCACUUCUCUAAGGACGCUUCUCUGAUUGAACUACUUAGUAAUCCUCACGGUGAUGCCUUUACCAUGGUAGCAUCUAGAUGGACGGGCAAGCUGGAAUCCAGUGUAAGCUCUCAAGAGCGCGACCAAACCAAAAGACUAGUAUAUGGCAUUCUUUACGGCAUGGGUGCUAAUUCGCUUGCUGAGCAGUUGCACUGCAGUGCAGAUGAAGCCAAAGCGAAGAUUCAAAGUUUUAAAAAUUCUUUCCCCGGCGUCGCUUCUUGGCUUCAUGAAGCUGUUGCAUUCUGCCGUCAACGUGGAUAUGUGCAGACCCUUAAGGGUAGAAAACGUUUCUUAUCAAAAAUACAAUUUGGUGAUGGUAAGGAGAAAGCUAAAGCUCAGAGACAAGCUGUGAAUUCUAUAUGUCAGGGUUCUGCAGCUGACAUAAUUAAGAUUGCAAUGAUCAACAUAUACUCUGAAAUUGCUGGAUCCGAGACAAAUAGUUCUACAGAUGCACAUGUGACAAACUUUUCCAUGCUCAAGGGCCGUUGCCAUAUUCUUUUGCAGGUGCAUGAUGAGUUGGUUUUGGAAGUUGAUCCAUCUGUUUUACGGGAAGCUGGUUUAUUGCUGAAGACGAGCAUGGAGAGUGCUGCUUCCCUCUUAGUCCCUCUACAAGUGAAGGUGAAGGUUGGCAGAACUUGGGGUUCAUUGGAGCCUUUCAAUGUCAAUGACUAAAGAGGAUAAGGGUGCUUUAUAUUCGAAGUUUCUCCAUCUUGCCGGCCACCAGUGGGUUCAAUUGUGGUGGGUGUAUCUUGUUGGGUUUCAAAGGAGGUUAGAUUUGUGCAAGAGAUGAAGGAGCAACACCAACAUGUGCCCUUCCAUUGUCUGGGUGUGGCCAUUGUCUGGUGUGAUCUCUGACCAGAUGAGACUAGUUGAGCUUGAGGCCUUGAGGGCUGAGAGAGAUGGCUUAAAAUUCAGGGAUAUUUUGCAUGGAGGCAGUUGGAAUUAUUUGAAUGGAGCUAUUAUUUAGAGCCGAAGGAUUGGAAAUUUGAUUCCUGAUAUAGCUCGUCCUCCAUCGAUAUUUAUGCAGAUUCUGUGAGCCAUUGCUGCAUGAGACUGUCUUUAACCAACGUUGGACACCACAGAUCUUCAUGAUCGUCUGUCAUCAGUCUCGUUUCGCUGAUGAGUUGCUGCCUUAUUGGAUGAUAAUCAGAUGCUACAAGGGAUUGCCCUGGGAGCUAUCUUGCUUUGUGCGUACAUGGCUUGUUAGACAACAAUGUCUGUCAAUGCUGGAAGAGUUGCAGAUGAUUGACUUGCUUUCAAUGUUAAUUUCUAUGAAUGUCUCUUUGUGAUCUUCCACCUGUUGAUCAUCAAUUAAUUGCUGAGGUAUUGUGUCAUUAUCCUCUUCAUUUGUAUAUUUAGUGUAAAAUUUUUACUGAUGACAAGAAUUAUUUUUCAGAUAACUAUUCUAGUUAUCAAAGCUGGCAAUUUGUUCACAGAAAAUAAAGAUAAAGAUUACUUGCGUUCUUAUGUAAAAUCUAACAUCAAUUUAUAUCUGAGCCUAUAAAGAUACUUAGAUAUAUAAAAAUGUCUUUGAAAUUAAUGUUCAUGUAUUUUUUCUGGCCUGUCACG